CGAAAUGAGAAUUUUGUUGGCAAUGCAAAAUCAUGCCCACGACCUUCAACUUUUUGCUAAAAUCGUAUGACCUUCAAGUUGCUAUUCUCUACCAGGUAGUAGCUAGCUAGAGAAAAGGAAUAAACAAGAUGACGUUCUGGACGGUAUUACAAUCUGCUGGAGUACUCCAAGCUGCUCAUACAUUCUUGCGCAAUUAUCUUCCGUGGCACCAAUGGCCUGAGCCCUGGGGAGUUAUCCCAUUGGCAUUGCAUCGCGACCUACUAGAACAAUACAACUUGUUUCCAGCUCCUGGAGUUGAACCACCAGCUCUGACCGCCUAUGUGAAUCAACUGAAACAAUUCUCUUCGCCUUAUCAGGGUCCUCCAGCUCGACCUGACAAUGGUUUUGGUACCGACGUACGAAUCCCCGCUGCCGGUGCUCGGGGGUCACCAUUUGGCCGCAACUGUCCAGUCAUGGCCAAAUCACAACGUCUCAAUGAUGACCUUGAUCCUCCUGUGCAACUGGUGGCACAAAAGCUAUUGGCAAGAAGAACUGCCGAUGAGUUUUAUCCAGCUGGGAUGCAAUUGAACAUUUUGGCUGCGGCUUGGAUUCAAUCGAUGGUUCAUGAUUGGGUAGGUCACUACGAUGACACGAGCGACGAUGGAGAGGUUCGACUAGAGGAGGGUUCUACCCAUGGUUGUCCUCUCGGAUCCUUUUCAUUUCGCAAAACCUUGGAGCGUCCCUACGAUGACGCGUAUGAUUCGUUUCGGACGCACUGGUGGGAUGCAUCGUGGCUUUACGGGCAAAGUCGGGCCGCAGUGGAACACACCCGGGCUUUUCACGGAGGACGUGUACGAGUCAGCAAUCUGUAUCCAGAUACCAAAUUCGCCUCUCGUGAUCAUGCAACUGGAACUUACUAUAAUUCGACUGGAGAUAAUAUGAACAGUUGGAUUGGAGUGUCACUGUUGCAAGAGCUAUUCUUGAAAGAACACAAUGCAGUUGCCGAUGAGAUUCGUGCCAAUCACCCUGAGAUUGCCACUGACGAUGACAAGGUAUUUGGAAUGGCUCGACUAGUCGUGAGUGCUGUGCUGGCUAAAAUCCAUACCGUCGAUUGGACCAUAGAGUUGCUGAAAACAAGAACCAUGAAAGUGGCCAUGUGGACAAACUGGUAUGGCUUCCCCUACGCCUUGAGAGGGGCUUCUGCAACCAUGCCAGAGUUUAUCACUUCAAUGAUGCCUGAUUUUUUAAAGAAAACAGGCAACGAUACCAUGGCAGACGAUAAGGGCGUCCCCUUUUCCUUGACGGAGGAGUUCACAGCAGUCUACAGACUUCAUCCCUUGCUUCCAGAUCAGUUGAUCGUUCACUUGGACGGUGACAAUGACAACAAUACACUAACAAUCCCCAUGAUAGAACUGGUUGGCCCCGCUGGUGAGAGGGCGCUGCGAGCAGAUCCCGAGCGACCAAGACAGUUUUGGGAUGCCAUCAUGAGGUAUCCCUGCGGCAAUCUACAACUCCACAACUUUCCGCACACGCUCCGCAACUUGCACCCAACCGAUGAACUUGGCCGAACCAUUCCUCAUCCAAUUGAUCUGGCAGCAGUGGAUCUCUACAGAGAUCGAGAACGAGGGAUUCUUCGAUUCAACAAUUUCCGACGAUCCAUAAAGCUCCCCGCCUACAAGGACUUUUUCGAUCUCACUGGCGACGAAACCUUGGCAGCAGAACUAGAGGAAGUUUACGGAGUAGAUGGAAUUGAACGAUGUGAUUUACAAGUGUGUCGCUUUGCAGAAAAGAAGCUGCCAGGGUUUGCCUUGUCUGAGACGAGCUUUACAAUCUUCUUGGUCAUGGCGACACGACGCCUCGAAGCGGAUCCCUUCUUGCAUCAGUACUACACAGAAGAGCAUUAUUCUGCCACUGGAUUGGAGUGGGUAGAGGGCACAACCACUCUGAGGGACGUGCUGGCACGACAUUAUCCUGACUUGGUUCAAGACAUAGGAGAGGAUCAAUCUGUCUUUACACCCCGCACUCCCUGGCCAGGACAAGAGGUAAAUACAGACGACAGUGGAAGCAGCAGACGAAAUCUUAGGUAGCAACCAACUGUCUGAGUUAUCGCCUGCACCAACCUAGUGGCCUUCGCGGCCUCUGCUUCCUGAAUAGGGCACAGACUCCCCCACUCCUCUGCACGUUUUUGGUGGGAAUGCCCCGGUGCAGUUGUUGGUCUGACACCUCUAAUCGACGGCGGAAUGGAGGGUCAGCCAAUCACGACCUGCUGUGCUCGGGCUGCCACCGUUUCGCCGGGCUGGGCGAACCACAGUGGAGCUGCGACGCAGAAAGACAAGAACUGGGUUUCUACAAUGACCCGGAACAUGUUGUACCAGUCGACCUGAAAGCUUUCUCGCACGAACUGGCAAUUUUCCACAAUCCGCUGGCUAGGUUCAACCGAACUAUCACUCGAGUCUCUCGUAUUCGAACCGGAAGGUGGUAGCUCACUUUCUGCAACCGAGCUGGACCAGUCCGCAAGCAACGAUCGUGCCAAACCCCCUCUCUCAUACGAGCACACGAUUUCAUGACUUUGUGCGCUUUUAUGGUGAGAGGACUUGUGCCAGUUAGAGAGACAUAGUACCUCGCUCCGAAACGGACUCUGCCCUGUCGGCAAUGGCUAGGUACCACCAGUGCACCGAUUCAAUGAUCUUAGUAGCAAUCUGUUGGCUUGGUUUUUCGCUUGUACUGGUAUCUUCUAGACCGGGUGGCCUCAACCCUCCUUGCUCGUACUUAUCAUACCGUACUCAUGACAACUUACAUUCGCAUUCCAAACAUCAUCAUUCCAAACAUCUCUUUGAUGGAUCUCACCAGUGAUGCCUGGGUAGACGCCUGUGGCAAAUCCAAGGCAAUCAAAAGAGAAAAAAUCAUUCAACAUUCCUGUUACUGGGCCAAAGGUUGUUCGAUCGUCUGCAGCGUACUGAUGCACUCGUUGCCAUAGUGUACCGAGUACUACUAGAUAGAGUGGCGGUCAGCACGUGAACUGGUGCUACAUGCAAGUCUCGGUGCUGGUUAAAACUGUUUAUUGCACAUAGAUCACCGUUCAUUUAAUCGACAAGGAAAGUCGUCACGAUCAGACAUGAGACUUGCGUGAUGCCGUUUAAGCAUCAAGAGAACCAAGAACCAAAAUGAUUUAUGUGAAUGAAAAAGUCAAAGCUUGGGUUCAGACUUGUAUACUCACCAUGACAUUAUCAGUACACAAACAAAAACAGUCAAUAGCUUAGGAUGUCUUCGUUCGACCUGGGGAACAACACGACUGGGCAUGACAAGGUCAGCAGAUGGUACAUACCAACAACCCUACUAAAACCUAUAGUACGAUCCGUUUACGGUAUCAACAGUGAAUGGGAUUACUUUUCCGUUUCUCUACGCAAUUGCAGUACCACAGAUGUGUAUGUUGGUUGUAUACCAAAGGUUACCAGUUCGCGCGAGCGGCUCUGCACCUAUCGGGUGCUGCCCAUCAU